UUAUUUGAAAAAAGGAAUAUAUUCAUAAUUCACUUCAAUAAAAAAGAUUUUGAUGUAUUUUAUUUUAAAGUGAUUGCAGUAUAUAUGAAUCUUUUUUAUAGGCAUUAAGUUAAAACGUAAUUCAAGACAAUCGUUCCUAGUAAUUCAAAUAAAUGGAAAAGAAUUAAAGUUCUUUAUAAUUGUACACUGACAUUACUGACAAAGUACAUAUUAAUUUCUUUCGCUUGAGCAGUCUGUAAUUUUUUACUGAAUAAAUCGUUUGACAUCUCAAAGAUAUGACGCUAUUUAUGCCAUACGAUUUUAAACUCUUCUUUUGUGUAAUAACUAGUUAAAUGUACAUCAUUCAUUUGGUGUUUAUUGUAAUUUAUAAGAAUUAAUUAACAUUUUAUGUUUCUCAGCAGACCUAUCGGAUUUCUCUGGUUUUGUAGAGGAAAGAAAUUUUUAAUCAUUCUAGAUUAGAAAAUUGAUAAUCUUAAUACAAAACAAAAAAAUAAAAAUCGAACUUACAAAUGGAUCUUAGUACUAUUUAAAACUGAAGUAAUUAAUGCUCAAGUUUUAGUAUAAAUAAAUACGACCCAAAGGAUAUCUUAAAUUAAUUACGCUUAGUCUGAUCGUUAAGGGCAAAAACGAUUUUAUUAUGGUAUGCGGUAAAUUUAAAGCCGAUUUCAUUUGUUUAGUGACCGUGUCUAUAUCAACAUGUCUAGCAAAACGUUGCUAAGACAAGAAAUUCUGCUUGAAUUGAAUUUCUUAAAGUCUAUGGGUACAAAAAUAUUUAUUUUCCCGUUUAUUAACAAACAAAGAAAUCAAUUGAUAUGCUACAAAGUAAUAUAUGCUCUGGUUCUUUGCACAGCGUUACAAUUAUUCUUAACGUUGUGCUCAAAUUCUUCAAGUGAUUGGCUCGAGAUUAUCAAUGUCGCGCCUAAUUUAGGAGUAGUUAUAAUGGCCGUAAUAAAAUAUACGAAACUGCAUACAUAUAGGGAGGUCUAUCACAAAUUAUAUCAUCAUUUUCGUUAUGAUAUUUGGGACAUUGUGUCUUCGAAUUCACCGUCGCAUCACAAAAUUAUAAAGAGAUACAAAUGGAUAACGAAGUCGAUUAAUCGCUUCUUAUUUUAUUACUCCAUUCCACUAAUCGUAUUUGUUGACUCGUUUCCAUACCUUGUCAUGAUUUAUGAAAAUAAAUUUAAUUAUGUUACUGAUCAAUAUUUAUAUCCCUUCGAUGGAUGGUACCCUUUUGAUAGAGUCAAAUGGUACGCUGCCGUUUACGUUUGGGAGAGCUGUAUGACUGCUAUUGUUGUAUUUGUUUAUGUAUUUUCCAAUAUGAUACACACCUCAUAUAUCGCAUUUAUUUGUAUGGAACUGAGGAUCCUCGGAAGUUGUUUAGAUGAGAUAAGAAACCCUGAAGAUGUUAUUGAUGUUAUUGGAAGAACAAAAAAAGACGUCCAUAAUACCGUUAUAAGAAAAUUAAAAGUUAUUAUAUCCAAGCAUGAAUAUUUAGCCAAGACAGCCGCAAAACUUAACUUGGUUUUAGGAGACGCCAUGCUUUUAAACUACUCUUUGGGAUCUAUAUUUAUUUGUUUAACAGCUUUUACGAGCACGAUGGUGGAUAAUUUAUACAAAUCAUUGAGAUACUUCUUCAUGUGCAUAUCUUUAUUGGUUGAGAUCUUUAAUCAGUGUGUCAUUGGACAAAUAUUAAGUGAUCACAGUGUAGGAUUGUCUGACACAAUUUACUCUUGGGAUUGGACCAGCGCUAGUCCCGAAGCAAAGAAAAUAAUUCUAUUAUUUAUAAUGAGAACACAAAAACCGUUUAAACUUACUGGAAAUGGUUACAUAAUCAUGAAUAUGGAUACAUUUAGUAGAAUAAUGAGUUCAUCCUAUCAAUUCUUUAACUUGCUGCGUACAAUUUACCGUUAGUUGAUAUACGGAUUAAAAAAAUAUUUUUAAAUAAAAUUUCUCACGUACUGUCGCAACAUAGCGUUUACUUAUGCGAAUUAAUUUAA